GUGGGGGCGGUCAGACCUGCGCAUCUGUACAGGCAGCGGACGAGGAAAGGGAGAAGCAGAGAGUCGAGCAGGACGUGAGGACGCGAGGAGUACCGCAAUGGACGAAUCGACAUUGGAACGGGAAACGGCAGAGGACAGGGCGACGCAGGGGCAGAUCGACGAGGCAUGGUAGAGACGGUCCGGUCCAGGAGACGCGACGCAUCGCCCCAACAUGGAGGCGCAGAGGCAGUAGCAUGCGUUAGAGGAGAGCGUUUCAUUGUAGCGUAGCAGCCGCAGCAUCCGUCCGUUCACCCUGAUCGGAGAGGCGAAGACAGGAGGCGACAUGGGCUCACAGGUUGUGCAAACCCUGCGACAGGGAGUCUGGGCAUCUCUGACCGGGGGCUGGUACCACGACCCGGACCAGAACAAAUUCAACAACUCCUGCCACCUCUAUCUGUGGAUAUUUCUCCUGAUGCUGCCCCUGUCUCUCCAUCUGGCUCUGCCCCCGACCACCAUGGCUUUGAGCAUCUACUGCACCUCCAUCACGGUCUUCUUCAUCCUCAUCAAGCUCGCCAACUACCGGCUGCACCUGAUGUUCGACGAAGGCGAGGCGGUGGUCCGCUGCAGCCUCUCCGACCUCAGCAAGGCCCCGGAGAAGAAAAGCAACGCCUCAGACUCCUGCCUUCCUGCUACCAUCAGGAAGAGCAGCACCGUCCCCGACAGUGUUGCCAUGACAACGUUGGCUCGGAAGCGCCACAGUCCUGUGAUCCAGGUGACGGUAAAACAGACGGAAACCGACCCGGGACUAAUUGGAGUGGACUGUUCAAGGUCGGAGGAGGUCAAGACCUCGGAAGGUACAGGUCAGUGUGAGACGGUUGUAGAGGCAAGACGCGUGGAGGGGGGCAUGCAACCCAGCCCGUCGCCCUCUCCAGAUGACCUCUCCAGCCCCGAUCCCAACCAGGCCGCCCCCCUGCUGCAGGCCCAGCAGAGGUCCCCAGCCCACGCUGCAAAGGACGACGCCCGGCCCGUGUCUGCCGCUGGAACAGGGAACGCGGACGCGGGAACCACAGAAGACGGAACCGACGUCAAGAUCUCGUUGCCGGGGACCGGCGGAGAGGACGGAGCGGCAGAGACGGACUCAGAGCCGCGAAGGGCGGAGGAGAAGGACCGUGAGGAUACAGAGGCGGCAGACGGGGAAGCAGCCGAUGAAGGCCUGCCUCCCUCCAAAGGAAGCGGCGAUGAGAGCGAGGACGAAAGCGCGGGGCAAAGUGAGCGCUCAGAUGCCACCAUCAACCCACUGGACACUCCCCAGGAUGACUUAAUUGACAUCCCAGUCCUCACAGAACAGGGGGAGACGUACUGCUCCGAUGAGAUUGAAGUGGUUCUGGUGGACAACUCUGGCCCGGGGCCCGUCUCAGCUCACCUGGACGACAGCGACACAGUGAAGAUCAUCAUCACCAUGAACUGUGACCCUCAGACCGCCGCUCAGCUGGAGGAGAGCGUCAAGCAGAGCCUCCUGGAGAACGCACAGGCUUCAGGAGAGUGUCACAUCAAGAUCCCCGUCAUCACCUUUGACUCCCCUGAGGAGGAGAAGCAGGAGGUGGAGGAGCCUGGCGAAGCGUCUGGCUUUGAGGAAGACCCCGCCCCGAACCCGCGUCUGCCCACGAGCCAAAGUGAAGAGUUUCACCUGUGCAGAGAAACGACCGAGUCGACCACGCUGGAGUGUCCCGGUCCAGAACCGGCGCUGCCCAACGACAGCACGCUGAGCCCUCAGCUGACGAACGACAACAGCUCGUCAGGUAUCGACGUCCACUCCCACCGCGACGACACAGAUCCGCUGGAUCCCAACGUGGAUCCACAAGGCUUCCUGCGCAUCCCGCCCGCUCUGGGCCGAUACGGGCCCGGGGGACGGACCCACAUCCGGGGCCUGAGCAUGGACAGUGGAAAGGACGCCGUGCUGCUGUCAGACCGCUCGCACAACACGACCACCAUGACCACGUCCAAAUCGGACCUGGAGGCGAAGGAGGGCCAGACUCCCAACGAGUCCAGCUUCUUGGAGUUUGUGUCCUUGCUGGGGUCCCUCAGCACCAGAGCGAGCGGGAGCAGCGCGCAGGACGAGGAGCGGCCCGAGGCGGCAGCAGCCGAGGGCGGGUCCCAGCAGGGGGAGAACCCGAGUGCGACCUGCGAUGAAAGCAUAACAGAGAGCAGCGCCGGCACCAAACCCGAGAGGCCCAAACCACCCACCAGCCUGCUCGCUGACAAGCCGCAGCCUCCACCACCCACACAUAUCCCGAUAGUGUCUCCUGACAGUCCGCAGACAGACAGGGAGAAGGAGCCAGACUACGACUCGCUGCCCUCGCAGACGUCGCAGUCGGAGAGCUCCAUGCUGCAGGUCAUCUGCAGACCAGAGGCCACCAACAAAGAAGAGGCCUACACCUUCCACACUGUGCACAGAGACCGGCCUCGCAAGCUGUACGCGGAGAGAGCUCUGAACCUGCCACUAGGAGCCGAGCUGAUCACAGGCAACAUGUGCGACCUGCUGUCCACGUCUUCCAACUCGGAGUGUCAGGACGCCGUGGCAGCGGGCCACUCGGACUGCCCCUUCCAGCGCCGCAUCAUCCCGGCCCACAGGCUUCGGCCGCGGAGGACGCACCCCGAGAUCUUCCAGGAGGAGGACUCACUGGACGAGUCAUCAGAGACGUCCACUCAGGGGAAGCCGUCGAGGAAGAUUUAUUACAAGCUCAGACUAUUUCCUGGGAGGUGGAUCAAUAUUUUAUACGACCGACUCACCCUGCUCGCCCUGUUGGACAGGAACCAGGAUGUUCUGGAGAACCUGGCUGCAGUCUUCAUGGCCUUCCUGGUUUCAUUCCUGGGUUUUGUGCUUCUGAACCACGGCUGCUUCAAAGACUUCUGGGUCUUCCAGUUCUGCCUGGUCAUCGCCAGCUGCCAGUACUCUUUACUAAAGAGUGUUCAACCAGAUGCAGCUUCACCCACACAUGGCCACAACCAGCUGGUGGCCUACAGCCGCGCGGCCUACUUCUGCAUCUGCUGCGCCCUGAUCUGGCUGCUGGAGCAGCUGCUGCGGCACAACGACCUGCCCGUGUCCAGCCUGUACGGCGUCACCAUCGCGUGCCGCGACGCGCUGCGCUUCUCACGAGACGUCCUAGUGGGCUUCACCUACUGCUUCCCUGUCACCUUCCUCGUGGGCCUUUUCCCUCAGAUCAACACCUUCACCAUCUACCUGCUGGAGCAGAUCGACAUCCACUUCUUUGGAGGAACUGCUGCAACCAGUCUCAUCUCUGCCGUCUACAGCAUCCUACGCAGUGUGACCGCUCUGUCUCUGCUCUACGGCUUCUGCUUCGGCGCCCUCAAGGAGCCGUGGGACGAGCAGCACACGCCCGCUCUGUUUUCCGGCUUCUGUGGCCUCCUGGUGGUCUUCUCCUUCCACCUCAGCCGACAGAGCAGCGACCCCUCGACUCUGCUAUCACUGAUCAAGUCGAGGGUUAUGCCUGCUUUGGCAGAGAGUGAAGAAGAAGAGGAGGAAGGUACAGACAUUAAAGAUCCACUUCCUGAGAAACUGCAAAAUUCCAUGAAGGAGAUUCUGCUGUCGGACGUGGUCGUGUGCUCCGUCGCCUACAUCCUAACCUUCGCCAUAACUGCCAGCACCGUGUUUCUCUCACUCAAGCCCUUCGUGACCAUCGUGCUGUACGCUCUGGCGGCGACGGUGGGCUUUGUCACCCACUACCUCAUCCCGCAGCUGCGGAAGCAUCACCCCUGGCUGUGGAUCUCACACCCCGUCCUCAAGACCAAGGAGUACUACCAGUUCGAGCCCCGAGAGGACGCGGUGCUGAUGUGGUUCGAGCGACUCUACGUGGGGCUCCUGUGCUUCGAGAAGUACGUGGUGUACCCCGCCAUCGUGCUGAGCGCGCUCACCAACGACGGCUUCGCCCUGAGCCACCGCAAGAAGCUGGGCAUCCACUGCGACGUCCUCCUGACGACCGUCGCCGGGCUGAAACUGCUGCGCUCCUCCUUCUGCGACCCCAGCUUCCAGUUCCUCACUCUGCUCUUCACGCUGGUCUUUUUCCACUUCGACUGCCCCCGAGCCUCGGAGAGCUUCCUGCUGGACUUCUUCAUCAUGUCCAUUGUCUUCCAUAAGAUGCGCGAGCUGUUGCUGAAGCUCAAUUUCAUCCUGGUUUACAUCGCUCCCUGGCAGAUCGCCUGGGGCAGCGCUUUCCAUGCCUUCGCUCAGCCGUUUGCUGUGCCCCACUCAGCCAUGCUGCUGCUCCAGACGCUGCUCACCACCGUCUUCUACACCCCGCUGGCUCCCUUCCUGGGCAGCGCCAUCUUCAUCUCCUCCUACCCGCGGCCCAUCAAGUUCUGGGAGCGAAACUACAACACGAAGCGCAUCGACAACUCCAACAGCAGGCUGGUGUCGCAGGUGGAUAAAGAGACGGGCUGUGACGACAACAACCUGAACUCCAUCUUCUACGAGUACCUGACUCGCUCGCUGCAGCAUUCGCUCUGCGGUGACCUCACGUUGGGCCGAUGGGGCAACUACAGCGCCGGCGACUGUUUCAUCCUGGCUUCUGACUACCUCAAUGCCCUGGUCCACCUCAUUGAAAUCGGAAACGGGCUGGUCACGUUCCAGCUGCGGGGUUUGGAGUUCAGAGGGACCUACUGCCAGCAGCGGGAGGUGGAGGCCAUCACCGAGGGCGUGGAGGAGGACGACGCCUGCUGCUGCUGCGAGCCGGGCCACCUGCCGCACAUGCUGUCCUGCAACGCUGCGUUCAACCUGCGCUGGCUGGCCUGGGAGGUGACGGCCACCAAGUACCUGCUGGAGGGCUACAGCAUCAGCGAGAACAACGCCGCCACCAUGCUGCAGGUGUACGACCUGCGGAAGCUGCUCAUCACCUACUACCUGAAGUGUAUUAUCUACUACCUGGUCCACUCCCCCAAACUGUCCGUUUGGCUCAAGGAUGCGUCCGUCCAGGAUGCUCUGCAGUCCUACACCAAGUGGCACCACAUUGAGCGCGACCCCCAGGUCUUCAGCGUGAAGAUCGAUGAAGACUACGUGCACUGCCUGCAGGGGGUGACGCGUGCCAGCUUCUGCAACGUCUACCUGGAGUGGAUCCAGUACUGUGCUGGGAAGAUGGAGAUGCCUGUGGACAGCGAUGAAGACUCUCCUUUGGUGACGCUGUCCUAUGCUCUGUCUGUCCUGGGAAGACGAUCCCUUGGUACGGCAUCACACAACAUGUCCAACAGCCUGGAAUCAUUUCUGUACGGCUUUAACACCCUGUUUAAAGGAGACUUCCGCAUCGCCACCAAAGACGAGUGGGUGUUCGCCGACCUGGACCUGCUGCAGAAGGUGGUGGCUCCCGCCGUCCGAAUGAGCCUCAAGCUGCAUCAGGACCACUUCACGUGCCUGGAGGAGACGGAGGAGGCGUCCAUCCUGUACGAGGCCAUCGCCAACUACCGCAGCAGCCUGGUGAUCUGCCACGAGAGCGACCCCGCCUGGCGCAAGGCCGUGCUCUCCAGCCGCGACACGCUGCUCACGCUGAGGCACAUGGUCGACGACGGCACCGACGAGUACAAGAUCAUCAUGCUGUACAAGCGCCACCUCAGCUUCAAGGUCAUCAAGAUCAAUAAGGAGUGUGUGCGAGGCCUGUGGGCCGGCCAGCAGCAGGAGCUGGUCUUCCUCCGGAACCGGAACCCGGAGCGCGGCAGCAUCCAGAACUCCAAGCAGGCGCUGAGGAACAUGGUCAACUCGUCCUGCGACCAGCCGCUGGGAUACCCCAUGUACGUGUCGCCGCUCACCACCUCGUACGCGGGAACGCACCGCACGCUGCGCAGCAUCGGCGGCGGAGCGCUGAGCCUGGACGCCAUUCGGUCCUGGCUCUGCUCCAAGUGGUUACGGGUGCGUAAGGACAACCUGACCAGCUGUAACAGCGGUGUGAACAUGGAGGACGUGGACUGCGGUGCCGGUGGUUCGUCCUCUCUGAGCCACAACCGGCCGUCCUCCGUCACCUCCAACAGCCUGAGCCUCUACCAGCACAGAGCCAGAACCACACACAGCCACAGGCACCACAACGCAGCCAGGAGAGAGUAUCGCAGCCGCUCGGUCCAGCCCCAGAGUCAGCGUCCGCCUGUCAGCAGCCAGUCGGGGCCCAUCCUGGAGUCGGGCUCCAACCACGGGCUCGUCCAGCGCCUGUCCAACAGCCAGCUGUCCUUCAACACAUCCAUAGCCUCCAUAUUCAGCCAGGUGCCUCGUCUCUCCGGAGCAGGCGGCGUCGGCUCGCAGCUCCAGGCGGCGCAGCAUCAGCAGCAGUCCAGCCAGGUCUCCUCGUCUUCGUCCACGCUCAGCCUGCUGUUCGGCAAGCGGAGCUUCUCCAGCGGCCUGGUCAUCUCCGGCCUGUCUGCAGCCGAGGGGGGCAACACCACCGACACGCAGUCGUCCUCCAGCGUCAACAUCGCCAUGGGGCCCUCGCACAGGUCCAGCAGCCGGGCCACGCAGUGGACGUCAGAACCCUACGAAAGCGUGGACGCCACCUGCUCCGCGGCCCCCGCCACCGUGAGAGGCGCCACGCAGGCGAGCGAGCGAGAGAAGACGCAGGAGGACUCGGCCGCGACGGAUCCAGAGGCGACGGAGCAAAAGAGCGUCUGAGAGGUUGGGCCGAGCUGAAGCGCGUGCUCACCAACGGCUGGUCGGAUGAAACCGGCCUCCUCUCCUGCCCUCAGCAUGUGGUCUCACUUAGUUGUCUGAAUGUAAACAACGUGAUCUUGGAUGCAGAUGAUGAAUUAAAGACAUUUUUAAGCGA